GUCGGGGAACCGCCCCACCUCCACGCGCGCUCGGGCGGCGCUCGGACCCUUCCGCAGCUGCAGGUGCCAGUGAGCCCCAACGCAGCGCCACGUCGCCCUGCCCCGCGCUCGCAGUCGCCGCCGCUGUGUCCAGGAAGAUACCCAGCUAAGUUUCUGGGGCUUGUUUUGAGCAAAGAUGAGUAUUUCUUCCUGGAUGAUGUAACUGGAGAGUCCAGAUUUGGACAGACUUGAUCAUGGGAGCCAAUACCUCAAGCAAACCACCAGUGUUUGAUGAAAAUGAGGAUGUCAACUUUGACCACUUUGAAAUUUUGCGAGCCAUUGGGAAAGGCAGUUUUGGGAAGGUCUGCAUCGUGCAGAAGAAUGAUACCAAGAAGAUGUAUGCUAUGAAGUACAUGAAUAAACAAAAGUGUGUGGAGCGCAAUGAAGUGAGGAACGUCUUCAAGGAGCUACAGAUCAUGCAGGGCCUGGAGCACCCUUUCCUGGUAAACUUGUGGUAUUCUUUCCAAGAUGAAGAGGACAUGUUCAUGGUGGUGGACCUCUUACUUGGUGGGGACCUGCGUUAUCACCUGCAGCAGAAUGUUCGCUUCCAGGAAGACACAGUGAAGCUCUUCAUCUGUGAGCUGGCCAUGGCCCUGGACUACCUGCAGAGUCAGCGCAUUAUUCACAGGGAUAUGAAGCCUGACAAUAUUUUACUUGAUGAACACGGACAUGUGCACAUCACAGAUUUCAACAUUGCUGCCAUGCUGCCCAAGGAGAUGCGGAUCACUACCAUGGCCGGCACCAAGCCUUACAUGGCACCUGAGAUGUUCAACUCCAAAAAAGAAGCAGGCUAUUCCUUUGCUGUAGACUGGUGGUCCCUGGGUGUGACGGCAUAUGAGCUAUUGAGAGGCCGGAGACCAUAUCAUAUUCGAUCCAGCACAUCCAGCAAGGAAAUUGUGCACAUGUUUGAGACAGCUAUUGUGACUUACCCUUCUGCCUGGUCACAGGAAAUGGUGUCACUUCUUAAAAAGCUACUUGAACCUAAUCCAGACCAACGAUUUUCUCACUUGACGGACAUUCAGAACUUCCCAUAUAUGAAUGACAUGAACUGGGAUGCGGUUUUGCAGAAGCGGCUCAUUCCAGGAUUUAUUCCCAAUAGAGGCAGGCUGAAUUGUGACCCUACCUUUGAACUCGAAGAAAUGAUUUUGGAGUCCAAACCCCUUCACAAGAAAAAGAAGCGUCUGGCAAAGAAGGAGAAGGAGAUGAGGAAAUGUGAUUCUUCACAGACAUGCCUUCUUCAAGAGCACCUUGAGUCUGUCCGGAAGGAGUUUAUAAUUUUCAACAGAGAAAAAGUUAAAAGAGACUUUAAUAAAAGUCAAGCAAAUCUAGCCUUGGAACAAACCAAAAACCCACAAGAAGAGGAUGGCCACAAGAACAACCUGUAAAGACCUCUACAUCUUCUUCCUGACUUGGGACUUCUCAAAUUCUUGCCACCCCACACCUCAUGAUGUAGACAAUGUGACAUUGACUAUCCUGUGAAGCGGGCAGCAUGCCAUGGAAAGUCCUGGGCCUGAGCCCCUGGGAUCUGACUUCACCACUGAUUCACUGUGUGACUUUGAGCCAAGUCAUUUAUCCACUUUCUGUGCUUCAGUUUAUUCAUCUAAAACUAAAGGGUUGUACUGGAGGACCUGCACCUUGCCUUUAGUGCUGCAAUUGUUAUUCUAAAUGGCCUUUAUCUUAAAAGGAAGAUCUGCAGAUUUAUUUUUCCAUUCCUCUGACUACACUGUGACAAAUGAACAUCGGACACAAUGAGCCUCUUCAGAGCUGGAAAACUUCCUAAGACAUCAGAAUCCCAAGGACCGAUUGGAUAGAAAUAAAGAAUCCCAUGAGGAAGAAAUGCAUAGGGUCAGAUAGAAGUAACAGGUUUAUAGGACCUUUAGCAGGGUGCUGAGUCAGCUCCACCUUGGUUUCUAUCAGCUGGUAAGAGCCUACUGUGCACAAGGCUCCCCAACUUCCUUUCAGUGAGAUGAUAUUGGCACCUUGUAAUCAGUGAUGAUGAGAGGAUUUAUGCCAUGGGAAAUGAGCAAAUGCUACAAAUCAGGGCACCUUUUUCUUUUUAACAAGCCAGUUGUUGAAUAGUAGCACACCAUUUGCCUUCUUCCAGUAUGCAUGUUCCUUGAGGGCUAAUUGUCCUCUGAAGAUUAGCAGAGCCUGCAUCUGGAUAGGAUCAAGAACAUCUUUACAUGACAAUGUUUACUUUAUGGUUCAGUGAAGUCGCACUGUACAGGGUGGUUAUAUAGUAAGUUAGAAGUGCAAUUGGAAGAUGUAAGACUUGCCUUUGAAAAACACCUUCAUUACCCACAAUAUAUGGGAAAUAUCUUCUCAAUGAAGCCUAAGGAGUGAGUUGCCAUUCUGUAAAGAAACAGGUCACUCUUGUGCUCUUUAUUUUUGGUUUCAUUUUGGCUAAUAAUGGGUGAAUUAAAAUACUGAACAUCUUUUAUAGUCUAGAAUUACCCUUAGGACAGUGGGAUGCUCACCCAUGUGAGAGGUCAAGUUCAUGGAGAGUCACCUUGGGAACGGCGGGAACAUGUUUUCUACCCUUAGGACGACUGAAAAAUUGGCAGGCAGAAGUGCCUAAUUAUUUAAAAUAUUAUUGGUUUCUCUUUUUCUUUACAUUUUAUCUAUUUAUUUGCCAAGUUUAAUUCACCUAAGUGUGCAUGUAACUCUACUGUGCUAUCUUUGCAGAACUGUUUUUGGAUAGAGUCAAGAGGUGAACAGGCUUUAGCAGGAUUGUUUUCACAUCUCUGCUACUCAGGUCAUCUAAACCUUGGCUGCGAAGGGACAGUAGGGCCUCACCAGUAACCUGGCAACCAGGAAGACCAGACUUGCACCCACUUGGGAAACCAGACAGGUGCAAAUAGACUAGAGAAGUAAGAGAUAUGGCUGCUUGCCUGCCUCACAGAGAUUGCCAGAGGGGGGCUGCACGGGGGGUGACUAAGCAUGGGUAGGAAGCCAGAGCUGAACUACAGUUGUGUAUUCAUGGUUUUCUCCUCAUUGAGUUAAUGGGCCCAGGAUUUCUGGCACCGCUAUGAAAUAGUGCCUCUCUGAUUUGAGAACGACCAUAUUUUUGGUUAAAGAAUCGAAAUCCAGCUCUUUUCCUCUUCUGUUCCUUUUCCCUCAGUUCCCAUUCCUUAUUUGUCUGUGCAAUUUUGUUUUUCUCCAAACACUAGAAACUCAAAGCAUUUGUUUGACCCACUUUCAGAGUGGAGGGCGGGUUGAAAAGAGCAGCCACCAGAAGGCCACCAGAUUCUGCCCACAGCUGGCCACCUCUGGCGGAUCAGGAGCCAGGUGCACAGUUACCAGCUUCCCUCUUAUGCUUGUCUUUUAUUCAAACCCUGAUGUGCCCUUGACUCACCUCUCCUGUCACCUGGGUCCUCCUCUGCAUUCCCCCAAAGGAGAGGCUUUUCAGAAAUGCUUACCAAAGGACAGUGGGACCAGGAGGCUGUCCAUGAUGGUGAGAGCUGAUCACGUGUGGGGCUGCACAUCUGUACAAUUUAAGGUAGGGUAGGAACCCAUAUGCUCUCUGUAGCUUGAAUCCCUACUUUCUAUACCCAGAACACUGCAGUCGACUUUCCGAAUCAUGAACACACUGAAGAAAGCUCAGUGCUCUCCAAAUGACUGAUAUGCAGUGUGCUUCAUAUUAGAAAAGAAAAAGCACCAGGCUGGGCCUGUGGCUCAAUGGUGGGUUUGAAACCUAGAACCACAGAAAACAGACAAGAAAAGGCACUGCAUCUGGUAGCAUGGAGUAAGUCAUUCUCACUGCCUCCUACCAUGUGAAUUUUAAAGACAAGAAAAACUUUUCCAAAAACAAAUUGUAAACCUUUCCCAAAGUUCUUAUGGUGGUUGCUAGUUAUGGAAAUCAGAUCCUUUAGUUUUAUUCCAUAAUUUGGGCUAAUAGUCAAUUCCCCAUUGAAUGGAAUAUGUCUCAUCUACAUUGGGAAUGAGGCUCACGGAUGAGAAUUUUAGAAACCUGCAUCCUUUGGUUUGCCUUUCUGGAAGCUUUUUGUCCAACAGCAUCCUCCCUUACCUAUAGAGAGCAUCUGAGGCAUCUUAGCAGAUUCUGAAGACUAGAGCAUCCUGCUUCUAAAACUCCUGCAAGGCAGCAGAGCCUCCAAUUCCAGGAUAUUCCAUGACCUCCCCUGAAGUGGGGCAGCCCAGCCCUGCAACCCUGACCGUGACCCUAAUUCCUUGGGAAUAAAUGCUCUGCUAAUGACUAACACCCCCUCUGAAGCAGCACUAGUUUUGGCUGAGGUCAUUGUGAGGGCAGCGUGAACUUCAAGCAGCACAGACCAUUACAAGAUUGAUUAUAAUAAUCUAAUUAAUUAGUGGCUAGGUUUCAUCUGAUAGGAAAAUUUUAAUCAGAAAUGACUCAAUUUUCUGUCAUUAUAGUCCUAGAUUGGAUGGGUGAAUACAUAAUUAGGAAGAAAGAGCAUUAAUGUAGCUAUUAAUUCGUCAGCAUUGCAGCUUUUGGCUGGUGCAGAAACGCCAGGGGUUCAGCUCUUUAGAGGCUGAACCAAAAGGCUUGGAAUGCAUUGUGAGUUUGUUUCAGUCCCAGUAUUUGUCCAUAGAAAAUCCUGUUUCCUACUUUUGUCCACCUGUGGUUACUGUUUAUUACAAGCUCAGUGUGUGUCUGGCUGAUAUUAAACAUUGAUGUGAAAAAUACACACUUUGGUUUUCUGUGCUUUUGUGAACCAAUGGCUGACUUGGCAGCCCUUGAAUGAGAAAAACAUGCUUCUGUUGAGCUGUAGCAUGUGCAAUGUCACUGUGCCUGCAUGUAUUAAAAUGUCUUAUGUAACAGUAA